GCCAUUCCUUCCAUUUCCACACCCGUUUAUUCCCGACCGCCUCGCGUCGGCCGCACCAGCUCAAGCAACGCCACCCCCGGCGCCGCCGCUGCUGCUGCUGCCGCCCCCUCGGCGGCGCUCUCUCAGUCGCCGGCUCGCCACCAUCUACCAGCGGCUGCUGCCCGGCGCAUCCGUCGCGCAUCCCCCACAUCACAGUUUCUCGCUACUUGUUUCGUCGGGGAGAGGGGGCAGCGAUCCAAUCCCAGCAGGCGGCUGCGGGAUUCGUCGUUCGAUCUGGUGCGGGUGUUUCUGCGGAAGCUAGCUGCUGCUGCUGCUGUUGCUGGGGUUCCGAGGGAGGCGCGUGCGGUACGGGGAGUGAUCGAUCGAUCGAUGGCGGCGGCGUCCAGGAAGGAGGAGGAGAGGAACGAGCGGGUGGUGAGGGGGCUCCUCAAGCUGCCGCCCAACCGCAGAUGCAUCAACUGCAACGCGCUCGGGCCGCAGUACGUGUGCACGAGCUUCUGGACCUUCGUCUGCAUCUCCUGCAGCGGCAUUCACCGUGAGUUCACGCACCGUGUGAAGUCAGUAUCUAUGUCAACAUUCACGACUCAAGAGGUCGAGGCCCUCCAGAAUGGCGGGAAUCAACGAGCAAGGGAAUCGUUCUUAAAGGAAUUUGAUGCUCAGAAUAUGAGGCUACCUGAUAGCAGCCACGUUAACGGUCUUAGGGAAUUCAUAAAAGCUGUUUAUGUGGAGAGAAGGUAUGCUGGUGGAAGGUUUUCUGAAAGACCUCCAAGAGAUAAACAGAAUCAAAAGAACUAUGAACAAGAGCAUAGAAGGGCUAAUUCAUACCAUUCAUUUUCUCAGAGCCCACCUUAUGAUUACCAUUAUGAAGAAAGGCGCAAUGGCAAGCAAUCUGUGAUGCUAACUAGGAAACCUGGUUCCGAUAGGGGCCAUGAUGGGAAAAUGUCUGGAUUUGCUUACAGUCCACAGAGCCUGCAUGGGAGAAUGUCUGAAGACCGUUUUGCCAAUGAGAAUUGUGGACCGAGAACUUCUGACUGCUCAGGAUCAACCGUCAGUGAUACAUUUAGAACGGCACCAGAGUCACCAAAUUUCCUUGAUAAAGGGUGUUCCAGCCCCUCUAUGCAACAAAAUCUAUCAAACAUGCAGGCUUCUAGUGGAAUUAAUCAAUCUGAGCUGAGAACUAUAUCAACAGGAAACAUGGAUUCAGCAUCUCUUAAAUCAGGCAACUCAAGCUUAGCUGAUAUGUUUUUCGAAUCUGAUAAGGCUAAAAGAAAUCAGCAAACGAAGGAUGAUGCCAUUACUCCAAGUUUCACAACCUUCUCUGAUGCUGUCAAUGUUGCACAGAAAGAUCUCUUUAAUGAGCCUGUUUCACAGCAGCAACUUGUAACUGUCUUGGAUCGACCAGUAGAUCUUUUUGCUAACAUGCUUCCAGCAACUCCAUCUGCUGAUAAAAUGCCCACAGCAGCUCCAUCGAUUGAUAAUCCUGGGUGGGCUACAUUCGAUACGCCACCAGAAGAAAAGCAACCUGGAUUGACUGGACUUUCUGGUAUUGCUGCUAUAGAUAAACAAGCUUUGAGUUGUGAUUUGUUUCAGUUUGAACAGUUUGAACCAAAUAAUGGUCAACCAACGUGGCUCCAGAGCUCAAAGACCUCAGAAAAUAAUUCUUCUGUCACUGAUCAGUCUGCUGUUCCUUGUAAAUAUACAUCCUCUGAUGCAAGUAAUUCUCAGGCUUGGAGCGCUUUUGAUGCCAGUGUUAGCACCCAAGAAUCCUUACCAGAUUUGCCACUAGUGAGUUCUGUAGAACCUAACAAGCCAAUUGGUGAAAAUAAUUUGCAGCUCUGGCAUUCAUUUGAUGAUGCAAGUGAGACUAUGACUCACAAUCUGUCCAAUGCUCAGCUGCAAUCUAAUGUGCACAAAAGAGUUGAUGACAAUUCCCUAACAACAAGCAAUCCAUUCAAUUGCUCCAUAGCUUCAAAGGAAUCUAUUGGUAAUGAUUCCCAGGAACUUCUCAUUGGUGGAUUUGCUCCCAACGAACCUUUUGCUCCAUUCCCUGAGCCAUCUCCACUAUUUGCUACUACUUUAGUGGGAGGAACCUCUGCAGAGCAAAUGCCAUUGAAUCCAUUUGAUCUUCCAUUUGAUGCUGACAAAGAUUCUCCAGAUACAUUUAUGGAUGUGACUGCAUUGCAAGCGGCUUUGCCCAAUGCUGGCCUAUCAACUUCUUUCGUUGAUGGUUUGCCUGAAACAUGGUUCCCCAACAAUACGGCCGCUUAUGUUCCACCCGGGUCACAUGCCCAUGCAUCUUCAGGUGGACCUCCAUGUCUUGUCGAGCAAAUCCCGAACUCUCCACUGCGUAUUGUUAUUUCAGGAACAUAACGUUGAGCGCUGUAUCGACUGGAAAUCCUUUUGCAUAGAAAGAGGCUUCGGUGUACAAAUGAUAAGCUCGGUGGAAAUCCUUUUCAGCAGCUCACCACCAAAUUACAGUUGCUGUCUUCCUUCCGUCCUUGUUUAGUGAGGUUGUGCAUACAUACAAACAAGGAGGGACAUCGUGAAGGGGACUGCAUGGAGAAAAUUUGCAUAUAUACAAACGAGGCGGAACAUCAUGAAAGGGGCUCUAGGGAUAAGAUAUUGAAUGUUGCUCGUUGGCUGUGUAGGGAAAUUAAUUGACGAGCUGGAAGAUUGGAAAUGGUAGACGUACUCUAGCUUUCUUACAACAUUUUAUCAACAACUUGAAUUAAUUUAGUGUAAUUCUUUUAGGAGAACAUGUUGCCAUAUCAUUGCCUGGAACUAUAUUAGCUGCCGUAGUUCACUGGAAAGAUACUUACGUUUUUCUACGGAAGUGAUUAUUUAUGCUACCCGGUGUGCGGAUC